UAUGGAGAAAAGUUGGCUAACCGUUUCCUUCCAUCUCCUAACCAUCUUAUCAUCAAUUCAACUUCCACGGUCACAUGCAUCUUCUGAUUAUUCCAGACAGCCACCUCGAAGGCUCAUCUUCACUCCGCACCACCGAUCGGACUCCGAUCCUCAACAGGUUCACAUUUCGCUAGUGGGGAGGGAUCGCAUGAAGGUUUCAUGGAUCACAGACGAUAAAAGCGCACGUUCCAUAGUAGAGUAUGGAAAGAUGCCCGGAAAAUACGAAGCGUCUGCGACAGGGGAGCAUACCUCGUAUAAUUACUUCUUUUACAGCUCCGGCAAGAUUCACCAUGUUGAGAUCGGACCGUUGGAGGCUGGGACACUGUACUACUACAGAUGUGGAGGUUCAGGGCAAGAAUUUUACUUCAAAACACCUCCUUCCAGCUUUCCCAUUGAAUUUGCAGUGGUUGGAGAUCUAGGGCAAACAGAAUGGACAGCAUCGACCCUGAACCAUGUCAACAGAACAAACUACGACGUGCUUUUAUUACCCGGUGAUCUCUCUUAUGCCGAUAGCCAUCAGCCCCUUUGGGACUCCUUCGGCCGCCUUGUGGAGCCGUACGCCAGCCACCGCCCCUGGAUGGUCACUGAAGGCAACCAUGAGAUUGAGAUCUUCCCCAUCAUCUACCCCGAUGGCUUCAAAGCCUUUAAUUCUAGGUGGCCGAUGCCUUUCCAAGAGAGUGGCUCCACCUCCAACCUCUACUACUCUUUUGAGGUUGCUGGGUGCCAUGUUAUCAUGUUGGGUUCUUAUGCUGAGUUCGAUGAGAAAUCCGCUCAGUACAAGUGGCUGAAGGGGGAUCUGGGUAAGGUUGAUAGGAGGAGGACGCCGUGGCUUAUUGUGCUCAUUCACGCGCCAUGGUAUAAUACUAAUCUGGCCCAUAAGGGGGAAGGAGAGAGCAUGAGGAAAGCCAUGGAGAAGCUGUUGUAUGAGGCUAGGGUUGAUGUGGUUUUUGCUGGCCAUGUUCAUGCCUACGAACGAUUUACAAGGGUUUACAAGAACAAGGCAGAUGAAUGCGGGCCCAUACAUGUAACAAUUGGGGAUGGAGGAAACAGAGAAGGACUUGCUUUAACGUUUGAGAAGCCGACAAGCGCCUCCCUCUCAGUGUACAGAGAGCCAAGUUUUGGACAUGGGCGAUUGAGGGUAUUAAACCAGACGCAUGCAUUUUGGUCAUGGCACCGUAACAAUGACUCCGACUGUAUUCUGGCUGACAGCCUGUGGCUACAAAGUUUAAGCGUUUCGAGACAGUGCACGCAGUUUCAGCAGGAUCAAGCAUCACCACCACUAGUAUCUGUUAAUCUUAAUGACGAACUUUGAUUAAACCCAUCCUCACCCUCAAACCUCUACUUGGCAUGUACCCCUAUAUUUUACACCACUUGUAUCAUACUUGUGUAAUUGUAUGACACAGUCAACUAUAUGAAGGUUUUUAAUUUUUCUUUUUGUUUCAAA